AUGUCUUCUUGCACGCAAUCCGCAAGUGAGUCGGGACACCAAUACAAUCAUUAUUCCGAGUUGCCUCACCACGACGACAUCAACCACUACGACAUCAACCACUACGACAUCAACCACUACGACAUCAACCACUACGACAUCAACCACUACGACAUCAAUCACUACGACCACAGUGCCAAUCAGACGGCUUGGCUGCAAAGUAGUAUCGUCAGCAAUAAGAGCCGCCCGCCUCUGGCCACGGCCGGCAACCUGUCCACGUUCAUGAGCUCCCUGCAACAGGACACCAGCCAGGUUGGCAACGACCCAUGCGGCGUCAUGCUGCCGGGCCAGGAUAAUCAGCCCCGGCAGAUUUUCAAGCGCCCGACCGUGCCGCUGCCGACCGACUUAGAUGCCCACCUGUCGAAUGUUACGUUGACACACGGCUCGCCUGCCAGCACGGGUGGCACCAUGAUCGACGACCACACCGCGGUCGCCUCUGAUGAACUGCUUUUCACCUGCGGAAUGAACUCCCAGAAACCAAGCGUGCCACCUGUUGCCCCAUGCCCACAGUACCCCCACUUCAUAGCGUAUUCAAGGGCGGAUCCUAUAAUGCGUUUACCGCCGCAGCCCGCUGCGGCGGCAGGGAUAUCACCCGCAACAGAGCAUACGCAGACUACAGACAAGCUCCCCGAACUCACUCGGUCCUUGUGUCAUCCGCGCUCACAAGAGCGAUGUACCCAAGAAAUACAGUCGCGUGCGGGUUACCUCGCGCCACAGACGAUCAGCAUCCGGCCGAAUACGCUGGCCGUCAAAAGACCGGAAGUAUCAGGGAAUUUCAUUUGUUCUGACGCCAGCACACAUGCCAACAUCUAUUCUAAAAGUGGCUUUGACAUCCUCGGAAUUCUGGCCCGAGCCAUUUCUCGUCCAAACCCUAAGAUUAACGUCGGUCCCGUCGAUCUCUCGAGCGCGCUCGUUGUCUGUGACAUCCUUUGCGACGACUAUCCUAUUGUUUAUGUUUCGGAGGGCUUCGAGCGGCUGACAGGCUACACCAGUGAAGAAGUUGUCGGGCAGAACUGCCGGUUUCUUCAGGGACCAGAUGACAAGAUCGAAGCCGGCGCGAAGCGUCGUUUCGUUGACGAGCAAACGGUUCUUCGCAUGCGUUCGAGUAUUGCAGACCGCUGCGAGAUCCAGACCAGCAUCAUCAAUUACCGCAAGGACGGCCAGCCAUUCAUCAAUCUCAUUACCCUAAUCCCCCCAGAAGAUACCUACAAGCAUAGGUUCCAAACGCCUUAUCCACCACAAUGA